GUCAAUCAAAGCUGCACCCGCCAACUCGAGCGCGUUCGACCCGCCCACGCUGCGCCAGCUUCGGUGACCGCGCGGACACGAACACUAUGAGCACGGUUUAAAAGUAAACACGAGCAGUUGACGAAUUUAAAGUUUAGUAACGUCGCGUCCACUGUCAGAUUGGACGGUGUAUUCAGCAACAGCUUCGGUCUUGUCAAACCCUUCAGGAUGUUUCCAGCUGGUGGAUCAUUUCAAAGUUCCAGAGGAGCCUGUUUUGCACAAAACCUCAGGAAGAAUUGGCCUGCAACAUCAGGGCCGACUGAAUCAUAUGAACGUCGGUAUAACUCAAACAGUCCCAGCAAAGGUGGCUUUGACCGUCAAGUGAAAAGUCGUGCUGCCAAGCCAACAGUCUCACCUAAAGAGCUGAUUGACAGAUACAGGGAAGGCAGUGUGAAUGCCCUGUCUUUACUCCAUCAGCUUGCCCAGGUAUUACAGUUUCACCUGGAAAUAAAGGAGACCGCGGUCCCAGGUGACAUACCAGCACUUUAUUUUGCCUUUUCUGUGGUGAUUGAUGGGGUUAAGUACAAGACUGGCAUGGGAACAAACAAGAAGGAGGCUCGGCACCAAGCAGGGGAGCUCGCUUUAGAGGAACUGCUGCCCACCUUGGAACCAGAAAAGUCUGUUCUGCCUGAGACAUCAGAUGUCCCUCCACUCCUGCCAGUAAAAGAGCAGCCCUCCAUCUCUGACGUCCAUCCUUGUAGAGCCAUGCGUGAAAGGAAAAAUUUCGCCAACCUCCAGAUUCUACAUGCUGUCAGGGAUCGGCUCAGUAAACUGAUGAACAGCCACCCAGAGUUCUCUUCUUGUGCAGACACCACAGCGGCAUUCAUCCUUCAGACUUCUGGCGGAUGUGAGGUGGUUGCUUUCGGCACUGGGAAUUUCAUUACCAAAGAGAAGCCCUCGUCCUGUGGACGGAUAGUUCAUGAUUCGCAUGCAGUGGUAACUGCAAGGAGAUCACUUAUGAGGUUUCUUUACCGGCACCUGCUGAUGUUCUUCAGCAAAAGGGACAAUCUGACCGAGAAGUCGAUCUUCCAGCAGAACAGCAGCAGCAGCCUCCUGAGUGUGAAGAGCGGCAUCACCCUCCACCUUUAUGUGAACCAACUGCCAAAGGGUGCUGCUCAGAUCCCUUCCAAGCUGCGCCUGAAUCCACUCUCCAUUUCUGCAUGGCAAGUCAACAACGAAAUCAGCCUGCAUGUGUCAGUGCAAAGCAAGGUUUUCUCAGUUUUCUCGUCAGCGUUUGAUCAGUCUGUCUCCAAGGUGGUCAGCAUGUCCACCACAGACAAGCUCACUCAGUGGCAGGUGCUAGGAUACCAGGGAGCCUUGCUCAGCCACUUCAUCGAGCCCAUCUAUGUCCAAAGUAUCCUCAUCGGUGACUCUGGCUGCAGUGAUACCCGUGGCAUGGAGAUCUCCAUGAGCCAGCGUGUGGAGGGAAUCACCUUCCAGCUGCCAAAGUUCUAUUGCAUGAUGAGGCCUCACAUCAUGCUGGUGUCCUCUGUGGCUACCAACAACACAGACAGUGGCCAGAUAACCUACGGUAUCAACUGGACUGAAGGAGACAGCUCGCUGGAGGUGGUGGAUGGCCUGGACGGCAAGACCAUUCAGCAAUCCCCCUUUAAGAGUGGUCCUACUCUGGCAAGCCGUUUGUGCAAGGCGGCAAUGCUGCACCGCUUCAGGUUGGUGGCCAUAGAGGCUCAAAGGCAGGACCUGCUGAAUACAAGCUCCUACAGAGAAGCCAAGAGGAUGGCGAAGCCAUACCAGGAGGCCAAGAGCAUGCUGAAGGCGUACCUGUCCCAGCAGGGAUUUGGUAACUGGCUGGUAAAGCUUCCAAUUAGUGAUAACUUCAAGUGAAUAAAACUACCUUACUCACACUA